GAAUGUGGGAGGCGGGCGCGGGCCUGGCGGUUGUGGGGCAGCGCUGGGGCGGGCGUGAGGGCGGAGGGAGCUGUAAUUACAGGAGGGCAGAGACUGAUUAAAUAUCUCUGUAGUCUUAGAGUACAUCAUUAACAAUGCAUAGACGAUCUAAAAAUAUAAAUGCUACCCUGGAAGUUAAAGAAAAUAAGAGCAGAAGCACUGAAGAGAAGGAAGAGGCCUGUUUCCCUGAUCUGUCAAAAGACCAGAAGAUUUGCAAAGUGACUCAAUCCAAAAUCACAGUGGCAUCUGAGAAGGAGAAUUUUAGUGAUGGGAACCAAGUGCCAUUGCAAAAACCCAUGUCGAAAUACACUAAAGACCCAGAGAAAGAAUCAUACCACAACUGCAAGGAUGUUGUUAACUAUCAGCUUACUGAAUGCUUUGUUGAUACACUGAAUAGAGAUACAUUUAGUGAAUCUACCUUGCCCUUGAGCAAUAAGGAAAAUUUUUCAAAAACUAGACCUGUUUCUUUGGGGAGUGAAAGCUACUUGACACCUAGCAGAGAUAAAGCAGAAGAAAACUCUGAUUGUGGAAUAUCAGAGAAACUGAGGAGAAAGCCUGUCGAUUUUGCUACUAUAACAAUUGCUGAAUUUGGGAUUACUCCAGAAUCAUUUACUAAACAAUCUAUAGAGAAGUCUUCAACAUUGUUAAAGUUUAGACGAAGAUCAACAAUUGGAGCGCGAGGGUCCCCAGAAAAUAACACACUUAUUCGGUACCUUGCCCAACAGAGAAGGAAUAGGCAGAAAGAACUCUUUACACAGGCUAGUCCUUUUAACUAUCAAAAUGCUGGAUCAUUAAGGGACAAAAUACGUGCUUUUCAAACAUCUUUUCAAUCAGUGCAAGAAGAUGAAGGGAAGAUUGGUUUCUCUGGACUCUCACAGGUGGCUGAUCCUUCCCAGGAAGCAGGCUAUUCUCAGAACAAAGUACCUUUUACAAAAGAGCGCAACCAGUAUCAGUGGAGUGAAAAGUUAAUGUCUGUCUACAGUGGAGAUGAUUCCAAACAAAAUUUCACCAACAGCGAUAAGGCUGAUACCAAGAUAUGCAGUACCUGGUCUUCACGCCAAGAUGUGAUUGUCACUGAACCUGCUGCUGCUGGUUCAAAGAAACCGAUUUGUGAGCAACAAAAUGCUCUUGAGUUUUCGGAAGCUGAUCUGAUUAAAGAUACCUUAGAAACAAGCUGUGAUUUCAGUCCUGACUGUGUCACUAAAGAAAGUAGAAGUAAUGUUACAUCAGAUCUAAGCAGAAAGAAAGUUAUUUUUGCAGAAGAACUGAGCCUGGAAACAUUUGAUGAAACCAAGCCACCUAUCACACCACUACAAACAGGAAAUGUUUUAUUAAAUGAACAUAUACAGAGCGGGUCCCGUCUUCGAUCUGUAUUGAAGAAAACACCAGGAAAGCAAAUAAUGGAUGGCGUGAAGGUAUCAGACAAUCCUGUUGACAGAAGAGGAGGUGAAUGUCUCAAAGUCUGCAGUACCACAAACUUCUGUGAAUUAUUGCAAGCAGAGGAAACUGAAGAACACAGCUGUGAAAAGCGACAGAAGAAAAAAGUUACUUUUGGAGAAGAUCUAAGUCCAGAAAUAUUUGACAAAACUUUGCCCGCAAAUACUCCAUUGCGCAAAGGUGCAACGCCCGUCCGUCAUCCAGGAUCACAAAGCAACAGUCCAUUUACAAGAUCAAGUCUGACUGAAGAACUGUCCCAGCCAAACUUUGACUGCAGUGAUGAAUGUGUUGAACCUCUUCAAGAGUUAGUGGAGGAUUAUGUUGGUGCAGAAAACUUCUUAUCCGUUGAAAAUAUGGAAGAAACUGACAGAUCUUUUAUGAGAAGAACUCGGUCCUGUACUAAAAGAAAGUAUAGCAACAUUUCAGAGGGGACUGAUUUUAUCAUCUCAAAAGCCGCAAGUGCUAAGAAUACUAACAAUGCUAAAAAUCCAAGAAAGAACAAAUUUCAAAGACAAAAGAACAUAACCGCAUCUGCUGCCAAGAAGACACCAAGAGUAAAACAUACAAGCUAUGGAAAAAGAAGAAGAAAGAAAAAGGUAAAGAAAUCUUUAUAUGGGGAAAGAGAAAUGGCUUCCAAGAAACCUCUCCUGAGCCCAAUCCCAGAGAUUCCAGAGGUUUUCUCUUCUGCCUCAUCUCCAAACACACCAAUACAAAUGCAAGACAAACACAAGACAAAUGCAGUUUUUCCAGAUAACUCCAAAUCCAGGAAUGCUUAUGAGGAUGUGCAACAGAAGAAAGUGGUUGAAAGAAUGAAAGGAAAAAACAUCCAUGCAAUUCACUCAUGUCCAGACUCUAAGGACAUUUUGGAAGCCAGCAGCUCCAAUGAUGCAGUGUUUCAGACUUCAGAUGGUGAUCCAAAGUCUGUUUCAAGCACUGAUUACCAGUUUGCAAACACUGUUGUGCCAGAAGCAAAGUACAUAUUUGAUAUGUCUGACCACGUCCAGCAAGGUGAAGAGACUGCAUGUAUAGAAGAAGAAAAAAAAAGCAAUUCCUUAAUAGAAAACAAGAAGUUAUGGGGGAAUUUCCUAAAUAAGGCAGAGCUGCUAACAGCGCUAGAAUUCUUGGAACCUCAGGACACUGGUGUACAUGAGGAUGCCCGAAGAAUGGAGUGUUCACCGAAAGGCUGUUCAAGAGGUAGACCACCAAGAAGAGGAAGAAGUAGUACUGUCUAUGUUCCUUAUACUGAAAACUUCCAUUUUGAGACAACUGGAAGCAAUCUUCCAGUUUCUUCUUUUAAUGUGGAAGAAGUCCUAUCUGCUCCUCAACUGAAAAAUGACUCCUUAGAAGAGCCUUUUAGAAGAAUGAGUGAUGAUAGUGGUGGGAAAAGGAGGGUGAGACGCAGCAUGAGACUACAUAAAGAUGCAGAAACGGAAGGACUUGCGUGGAUUCAAGUGCCUGAUGAGAUUCAAGUGAAACCUCCGCUGUUAGCUUCCUGUUGCAAAAUUAGGAGAAGAACAAUAAGCAUGUCUGUUCUUAAAGAAUCUGAGAAAGUUCACCAUAGAGAAGAAAACCUCAUCCAAUUUUCAGUACCAGCAAAGGAAACCAAUGACUCUGUUCAUCUUGCUGAUGGUCCUUGCAAAAGGUGGAGGAGGAAAAGCAUGUGUGUAUCCACACCUCAAGAAACAGGAAAUUGGUCUCAAACCCAGAAAAGGAGCAUAACAGAAUUGGGAUACAGGAAGGAUAGAAGUAACCAAAAACACUGUGAAGAAGUAGAAAUAUCUCUUGAAAACCAGUCUGACAUUUAGCAAAACUUCAGCUACCUCUGAUUAUGAAAGAAAAGAUUUCAAAAACAUCCUAAAAAAAUUGAAAUUCGCUGCAAAUAAGAUGAUAAAGAAACAACCUCUGGCUUGGAGGGGCAGGGGAGAAGGGGGAAGCUGUUCCCAUCUUCUGUACAGAUUUUAUUUUAUCUUCUGGCACCAGCUGGGGUAGAGUUCAUAUAACUGAGGGCUAAAUUUUGUAUUAGAGUUACUAAACUAUGCUUCUUUGGAAAGGUUAAUCUUUAAAAACCCCUUUUAAAUAUUUAUUGUAUGUAACAUACUAAUUUUUAAAAAUUAAUUUGGCUAAGAAAAGUCAGUGUCCAGAAAUGAAGUACAACUUUAUUGUAUGAUAUAUGUUUCAAUCUUCAAUGUAUAUGUACUAAAUAUAGUGCAUAAUAUUCAGUAGUUGACCUGUCAUCCUACUCUUUUCAUUUGUCCAGUUUGAGCAGUGUAAUAAAAAAUGAUGACUAUAGGUGGUCUACUUAAACAUUUGGCAUUACUUUGAUUUCUCAUGCUGUUCUGUUUCAGCCCUAGUGAAAUACCUGUGCCAGCUUUCAGGAGAUAGCUCCAUGUUGAAAAUGACCUCUGCUGUGACCUUGUUUUUAUCAUUAUUGAUGUGGAAUAAAAUAUUUUAUGUGCUUGCCUGCUUUUAUAAAGCUUAAAAGAAACAGAACAGUUUCAUUUUUAUGCAUGUUUUACUUCUCUCUACAGACAUCAUCAGUUUUUCCCAAGACAAGAAAUCCUAAGGCAACUUGAAAGAAACUUCAUUAAUUAAAUGCUGUUCAUCUUGUCCUGCUUUAGAAACAUUA